AUGCAACCUAUGGUCAUGCAGGGAUGCCCUUAUACCCUCCCACGAUGUCAUGAGUGGCGGGCAGCUGACCACUUCCAUCACAGCAGCAGCCUCCGAAGCACCUGCCCCCAGCCUCAGGUUAGAGCUGCUGCCAGCACCCCUGCGCCUCCUCAUGAUGGUACUGGGGUGCCCUACCUAAGCCCAAAGCUAUUCAACGGGUCUGUUGGUGCCGCUGGACCCCUGGAACCACCAGCCAUGAAUCUGUGUUGGAAUGAAAUCAAAAAGAAGUCGCACAGCCUCCGCGCCCGCCUAGAGGCCUUCUCAGAUCACAGUGGAAAGCUUCAGCUCCCUCUCCAAGAGAUUAUUGACUGGCUCAGCCAAAAGGAUGAGGAAUUGUCAGCUCAGCUGCCCCUACAAGGGGAUGUGGCCCUGGUGCAACAGGAGAAGGAGACGCACGCGGCCUUUAUGGAAGAUGUCAAGUCUCGGGGCCCCUAUAUCUACUCUGUGUUGGAGUCAGCUCAGGCCUUCCUGUCCCAGCACCCAUUUGAUGAAUUAGAGGAGCCUCGCUCUGAGAGCAAAGAUACCUCUCCCAGACAGCGGAUCCAGAAUCUUAGCCGCUUUGUGUGGAAGCAGGCAACGGUGGCCAGUGAACUAUGGGAGAAGCUGACAGCCCGCUGUGUGGACCAGCACCGCCACAUUGAGCGCACUCUGGAGCAGCUGUUGGAGAUCCAAGGGGCAAUGGAGGAAUUAAGCGCGACUCUGACUCAGGCCGAGGGAGUCCGAGCCACUUGGGAGCCCAUUGGGGAUCUCUUCAUUGAUUCACUUCCUGAGCACAUCCAGGCUCUUAAGCUAUUCAAAGAAGAAUUCUUCCCCAUGAAAGAUGGAGUGAAGUUGGUGAAUGAUCUGGCCCAUCAACUUGCCAUUUCUGAUGUGCACUUGUCAAUGGAGAACUCCCGGGCCCUGGAGCAGAUCAACAUCCGGUGGAAACAGCUACAGGUGUCAGUUGGUGAGAGACUUAAGCAGCUCCAGGAUGCCCACCGGGACUUUGGGCCUGGGUCACAGCACUUCCUCUCCUCCUCUGUUCAGGUUCCUUGGGAAAGAGCAAUUUCACCCAAUAAAGUUCCCUACUAUAUCAACCACCAGGCUCAGACCACAUGCUGGGAUCAUCCCAAGAUGACUGAGUUAUACCAAACCCUAGCUGAUCUGAACAACAUUAAGUUCUCAGCUUACCGCACUGCCAUGAAGCUACGCAGAGUCCAGAAGGCACUGCGUCUGGACCUGGUAACUUUAACCACAGCCCUGGAGAUCUUCAAUGAGCAUGAUCUGCAGGCCAGUGAGCAUGUAAUGGAUGUGGUGGAGGUCAUUCACUGCCUGACUGCCUUAUAUGAACGACUGGAGGAGGAAAGAGGCAUCCUUGUCAACGUGCCACUCUGUGUGGACAUGAGCCUCAACUGGCUCCUCAAUGUUUUUGAUAGUGGUCGCAGUGGAAAGAUGCGGGCAUUGUCCUUUAAGACUGGCAUUGCAUGCCUGUGUGGCACAGAAGUGAAGGAAAAACUGCAGUACCUCUUCAGCCAAGUGGCCAACUCAGGCAGCCAGUGUGACCAACGCCACCUUGGUGUCCUGCUUCAUGAAGCCAUUCAGGUGCCCCGUCAGCUGGGGGAAGUGGCGGCCUUUGGGGGCAGCAACGUGGAGCCCAGCGUCCGUAGUUGCUUCCGUUUUAGCACUGGGAAGCCAGUCAUUGAAGUUGCACAGUUCCUGGAAUGGGUCAACUUGGAGCCCCAGUCCAUGGUGUGGCUGGCUGUUCUGCAUCGGGUCACCAUUGCUGAACAAGUGAAGCAUCAGACCAAGUGCUCUAUCUGUAGGCAGUGCCCCAUCAAAGGUUUCAGGUAUCGGAGUCUGAAACAAUUUAACGUGGACAUCUGCCAGACCUGCUUCCUGACAGGCAGGGCCAGCAAGGGCAACAAGCUUCAUUAUCCCAUCAUGGAGUAUUACACCCCGACCACAUCCAGUGAGAACAUGAGGGACUUUGCCACUACCUUAAAGAACAAAUUCCGCUCAAAGCAUUAUUUCAGCAAACACCCUCAGCGAGGUUAUCUGCCUGUGCAAUCAGUGCUGGAGGCUGACUACAGUGAGACGCCAGCUUCUUCCCCGAUGUUGCCACACGCUGACACACACUCCCGCAUUGAGCAUUUUGCCAGCAGGCUUGCUGAGAUGGAAAGUCAAAAUUGCUCCUUCUUUAAUGACAGCUUGUCCCCAGACGACAGCAUAGACGAGGACCAGUACUUGCUGCGGCACUCCAGCCCCAUUACAGACCGGGAGCCAGCCUUUGGACAGCAGGCUCCGUGCAGCAUGGCCACUGAAAGCAAAGGGGAGCUCGAAAAGGUCCUGGCCCACUUAGAGGAUGAGAACCGGAUUCUCCAGGGGGAGCUGAGGCGCCUGAAGUGGCAGCAUGAGGAGGCUGCUGAGGCACCCACCCUGGCUGAGGGCUCUGCCGAGGUGGCACAGGACCACCGCAAUGAGGAGCUGCUGGCUGAGGCCCGGAUCCUUCGGCAGCACAAGAGCCGCCUGGAGACACGCAUGCAGAUUCUUGAAGACCACAACAAGCAACUCGAGUCCCAGCUGCAGCGCUUAAGGGAGCUGCUCCUGCAACCACAUACUGAAUCGGAUGGCAAUGGCUCUGCAGGCUCGUCCCUGGCUUCCUCUCCGCAGCAGUCAGAAGGCAGUCACCCCCAGGAGAAGGGACAGACUACUCCAGACACUCAAGCUGCAGAUGAUGUGGGGUCAAAGAGCCAAGAUGUCAGCCUGUGCUUGGAAGACAUUAUGGAGAAGCUCCGCCAUGCCUUCCCCAGUGUGCGAAGUUCUGAUGUGACUACCAACACUCUGCUGGCCUCCUGAUGGAACCAGAUCCCCAUCCUAUAGUCCACGGUCCUCUCCCAGUUCUGGUCAAAGCCUUCCCUCAGCCUUCACCUAACCUUUCCAGUCCCCACUGGCCCCACAUUCCUCAGCCGGAGUUAUCUGGGCUCCAGGCAGCAGCAGGGAUUCGAUGGUAUGCGAGGUGGGUGUGUGAGGGCCGGGGGAGGGAGAGGCAUGAUUCCUCUGACUCUAGAAAUGUGCCCUUUAAUCUUCAAGUUUGAGAUCAAUCCCUUAAGUACAAUUCUGUUGCAGCCCAGGCUAAUGGCACUUGGAGGCCAUUCAGAUGGGGAGCAGAGAAGCUGCCUUGCAGAGUGAAGCAGUGCCCAUUGGCCCCUUUCCAUUCUCCAUGGAAUGAUGGAUUUGGGGGAGCCUAAUGACCCGAGGGCUCCAGCACUGUGAACACACGGGACUUAGCCCUACUCUCUGGCCCAACACAGGGAGGUGACACUGAAGACACUCCCGCUCCCCCCACAAAGUGCCCCUGAAAAAGUCUGGGCAACGUGUGUCAUAUAACUUCAGCUCAAAGGCAUAGAUCUAGUCAUCCCGAUGCUACCUAGAUGCUGUUUCCUCCUUGAAUAUCUUCAGUUCCUUCUGCCUCAGUCCCUGGCAGACCUUUCUCAAGGGGGGAAACAGUUCAUUCAGGUUCCUAUUUUCACCUUAUAUUGGGAAACAUUAAAGAAAUACUUAUGGGCUUAGAUAUUUUCCCCAGAUCCUCCUCUUUCCUGAAAACCUCAGCAUCUCAGAGACCAGCUGAGUUGCUCUGGAAACCCAGCUGAAGCCACCCUUGGCUCUCUAGUUGGCCUUCACAGCCCUGGGGGAGGGCCAGCCGCUGCUCAGCAAGGGGGUCUUCUCCUUGGGUGAGGAAGGGGAAGCCACCCUCUAGACUGGAGGAGCGUGACCACCCAACACCCUUUCAGGCUGUGACCCUUCUUUCUCUUAGGCUGAAUCAGAUGAGGUGGCUGAUAUCCCCCAGCUAGUCAGAAGGCAGAUGCAACAGGCCAUCCUGAAUAGCGGCCCUUUUCUAGUAUCCACGGGCUACAGAUCAGGAAGUUGGCCACUUUCCACAGAGACAACAGCAAGGCCUUCCUUUGCAUAAAACCAUUCUUUCUAACUCUGGAAGGUGAACCCAGUCCUGAAACUGAGCUAAGUCUUCCUAGGCAACAUAUACCAUGAUUCCUUU